AUGCGAAAACGACUGGAAACUUCUUCCUCAUCGAACUCAAAACGACCGGAAGCUUCGUCCUCAUUGAACUCAGAACGACCGCCAAAUGUGAAUAACAGAAUUGGCGCAAGCAGUCUGAUUUCAUCAAUAAAAUCAACACGGUCAGGAUCUGUUUGGCUAGUCUUAUCUGCAGUCAUAAUUUACUCAUGCUAUUCAGUUCACUAUUACCAGUUCGAAAAUCUGCCUUUACCGUUAACGGCUGAGCACGCCGGUAAAAGAGGCUUCUCUGAAAUCCAAGCACUAAAACACGUCAAAGCUUUGACUGAAUUCGGUCCUCAUCCUGUUGGUUCUGAUUCUCUCGACCUCGCUUUGCAGUAUGUUUUGGAGGAAGUGGGGAAGAUAAAGAAAAAUGCGUACUAUGAAGUGGAUGUUGAGGUUGAUUUUUUUCAUGCGAAAGCCGGAGCGAAUCAGAUGACUAGUGGAUUAUUUAUGGGGAAAACACUUGUUUAUGCCGAUCUUAAACAUGUUGUUUUAAGAAUUUUGCCCAAAUUUCUUGCAAAUGAAGCUGCGGAUAAUACUAUUCUUGUGUCUUCUCACAUUGAUACUGUUUUUUCCACGGGAGGUGCUGGAGAUUGCAGUUCAUGUGUAGCUGUGAUGUUGGAACUUGCUCGAGGGAUUUCGCAGUGGGCUCAUGGGUUCAAAAAUGGUGUGAUAUUUUUGUUUAACACUGGGGAAGAGGAGGGUUUGAACGGUGCUCAUAGCUUCAUAACUCAGCAUCCAUGGAGUAAGACUAUUCGUUUGGCUGUUGAUUUGGAGGCCAUGGGUGUAGGAGGAAAGUCCAGCAUAUUUCAGGCUGGUCCUCAUCCAUGGGCAAUUACAAACUUUGCAUCAGUAGCGAAAUACCCAUCUGGGCAUAUCAUAGGACAGGAUCUUUUUUCAUCUGGGGCGAUUAAAUCUGCCACAGAUUUUCAAGUAUACCAAGAGGUUGCUGGUCUUUCAGGGCUUGACUUUGCUUUCACAGAUAAUGGUGCAGUUUAUCACACUAAGAAUGACAAAUUAGAUCUCUUGAAAUCUGGAUCUCUUCAGCAUCUUGGAGAAAAUAUGCUUGCUUUUCUGCUUCACAUUGGUCCAUCCCCUCAUCUUCCAAAAGGCAAGGCAAUGGACAAAGAGGAAAAAACUGGACAAGACACUGCCAUAUUUUUUGACAUUUUGGGGACAUACAUGAUCGUAUACAGUCAACAUUUUGCAAGCAUGCUUCAUAACUCAGUGAUACUGCAAUCACUUCUAAUUUGGGCGGCAUCAUUGUUUAUGGGUGGUUCUCCAGCUGCCAUUUCAUUGGGCUUGUCAUGCCUGAGUGCUAUCCUGAUGUGGUUGUUUUCAAUAAGUUUCUCUGUUCUCGUGGCCUUGGUUCUUCCCCGAAUAUCUUCUUCACCAGUACCCUAUGUUGCAAACCCAUUGCUGGUACUUGGGUUAUUUGCUGCACCUGCACUCCUCGGAGCUUUGACAGGUCAACACUUGGGUUAUCUUAUUCUUAAAAAGUAUUUAUCAAAUGUAUACUCCAAGAGAAAGGAGCUGUCAUCUGCUAUCAUAGCUGAUUUAAUCAAGUUAGAGGCUGAAAGGUGGCUAUAUAAAGCUGGUGUUGUUCAGUGGCUUGUUCUUCUGAUCGUGGGAAACUAUUAUAAAAUCGGAUCAUCUUACCUGGCACUCUUUUGGCUUAUUCCACCAGCAUUUGCAUAUGGUUUGCUUGAAGCAACUCUGACACCAGCUCGGUUGCCUAGGCCACUCAAACUUGCAACCCUCCUGAUGGGCUUGGCAGUACCAGUUGUGAUUUCUGCUGGAAGUUUCAUUCGUUUGACUGGAACAGUAAUUGGAAUUAUGGUUCGAUUUGAUAGGAACCCUGGUGGCACUCCGGAGUGGCUGGGGAAUGUAAUGAUUUCCACUUUCAUUGCUGUUAUCAUAUGCCUGACUUUUGUUUACAUCCUUUCAUAUGUUCAUCUUUCAGGUGCGAAAACGUCAAUCAUCCUUGCACUCAGUGUCUUGUUUGGCCUCUCACUUAUUUUAGUAUUAUCUGGUACCAUUCCACCAUUUACAGAAGACACUGCCAGAGCUGUAAAUGUUGUGCAUGUUGUUGAUGCAUCAGGAAGAUAUGGUGAAAAGCAAGAUCAUAGCUCUUAUAUAUCUCUAUUUUCUGCCACCCAUGGAAAGCUAGAGAAGGAGAUUGAACAGAUUAAAGAAGGAUUCACAUGCGGUAGAGACAAGCAAGGGGGUGAAAGAAUCACACGAGUUUCAAUUGAUACAAAAUCCUCCAUGCGCUGGUCUCUUGCAAUCAAUACCAAGGAAAUAGGAGAUUUCAUUUUGAAAGGAAACUCAGAAGAAUUAAUUCCAUCUGGCAACAAGAGCAGUGUGGAUGGAUGGCAUCACAUUCAGUUCUCAGGAGGGAAAGAGUCACCAAGGAAGUUUGAGCUAGUUCUUUUCUGGUUGGAAAAAACUACGCACUCUCCAGACAAUUUGGAGAGAACGAUACAGGACCAGCGUCCCCUGUUGAAGUUAAGAACAGAUGCUGACAGAUUAACACCAAAAGCUGAGAGAGUUAUUGAAAAGCUCCCUACAUGGUGCUCCCCGUUUGGAAAAUCGACAUCUCCCCUCACUUUAGCUUUCUUGAGCAGUCUUCCCGUUAAAUGGAUAGAAACGGUGGGUAAUUAUGUUGCAUUGCUUAGGCUUCCUAAGAUGUUGUUACAACUGAUGGUGUUAGCUGAUUUAGCUAGUAAAGUCACUUGGCAUGAUAACAAACUAUCUGGGGGAUUGAAUCCUGCUCUUAUAAGCAAGGGACUAUGCAAAGCGAGUCAAGUGGUUGAAUUAUUCCCUACUGUAUCUCCGGAGAUAGUUGUAAGGGAAGCAAGGAUAGAGGAUUGCUGGGAAGUGGCUGAGACACACUGCAGUUCCUUCUUUCCUGAUUAUUCCUUCCCUCUAGAUUUUGUGCUGCGAGUUGACAGGUUGGUAGCGAUGCUAUCAGGAUUUACUAUACCAAAUGGCUGCAGAAGGACCUGUCUGGUCGCCGUCAUUGGUAGCUCAGUUGAUCAAACUUUCUAUAUUGGAAGUGAAGAUUUCAAAAUUGGAGGUUUUGAUGGGAAGUUUAGCCUCAAUCGAGGCUAUGUUGCUGGGAUAUUGACUGUGGACACUGUUGCUGAUUUUCUUCCAAGGAAAGGCCCACUCAGGCAGAGAAGGACUGGAAUUGCAUAUAUAUCAAACGUUGCCGUGCGGGAGAGAUUUCGUCGGAAGGGGAUAGGUAAAAGGCUCGUAGCAAAGGCAGAGGCUCAAGCUAGGAGCUGGGGCUGCCGUUCCAUUGCUUUGCAUUGUGAUCUGAGUAACCCUGGAGCUACAAAACUGUAUAAAGGGCAGGGUUUCAAGAGUAUCAGAGUACCAGAAGGUGCAAACUGGCCCCAGCCUAAGACCUCUCCAGAUGUCAAAUUUAACUUCAUGAUGAAGCUGCUAAACACCCCAAUCACCACAUAG